AUGCUGAUCAUCAAUUCGCUGUUACACAUUGGCGGCGUCCUCGGCUGUCUCACAAGUGCAAGAGACAGGUUGAAACAGUCGACUCGGUCUGGGACGAGAUUCGAAGACGAAACCGACCAUGAGCUUUCGUGGGACCAGACCAUACGUCCAAGUGCCAGUGCAAGUGCCUUUGCAACUCCAGCGCGACACCAGCCGCACUCCCGCGAGUCCUCCGGCGACAAGACGAUACACUCGCCGCCUGCUCUAACCUCACCCAGAGGACAUUCCCAGCGACAAGGCCUCGGCGGAGCUUUCGAACGCCCGAUAGACCCUAGCAAAACCGCUGUGUACGGACACCACCGGCAGACUUCCAUCGUCCAUGGCUUUCAGCACUCCAGAAACGGGAGUCGAUCAAGCAUGUCUACCAGCCCCUUGAGUCCGCAAAUCAUAGCUGCUGCAGGAGUGGGAUUGGAUAGAUCGGAUAUACAGUCGGCAGCUGCGCGCUUGGAUAAGGAAGCCGGCAUGCCAUCCCGCCCCGGAACUUCUCUCGCCGGUCCUACUCUAAGUCCAGUCGGAGGCAUGCCAAUGGAGAGAUCAGCCUCGGCCGUAGAUGUAUCCAGCCCGGGUUCAGCAACGCAAAGACGGCCGGAGCGAGUGCAAAGUAGGUCCCGGCGGGAUCAUCCGGGACAUCAAUCACAUUCUCGAACUCAUCGAGACGACCAGAAGACUGUCGGAGAAUAUGCCCUGCAUGUUCUAUUUACCUCUUUUAUUGCACAAGCAGAAGAAAAGCUCACGGAAUGCAUCACCGUACCAUUUGACCCUGAACCGAACAUCGACCGUGUUUGCGGACCUGGCGUUGACCCAGCCUUUGACCAGCUGAUUGUUGCCCUGGGACACAUUGCUAGUCCAAAGCCAAAGGCCCUGAUUGAUUCAAUGAUGCUCUGGAGGAAGAGCAAAAGUGACGCCGCGAACGAGGCCCGAAGUCAGCUCCAACAAUUGCGCGGCAAUCAACCAGGAGGUCCGCUAUUGCGCAGAAAUACUGAGCCAGUGCAACCAGGUCCUGGAUCAGGUCCGGCAGAUCCCACAAGCCCAAGCACCGUAACAUUGUCUGCAAAACAAGAAUUUGUUGCUCAACAAGAGCGUCGAUCAACCGUCUCGAUUUAUAUCCUAUGUCGCGUUCUUCUUGAGGUUAUUUGCCAGAGCAAUCUAGCUUCCAUUACGCCAGAAAUGGAAGACAAGCUGGAGAGUAUCAUCUUUGGGCAGCUCAAAAUUGCGGAUCCGGAGCAGCUCAUGCUCUCACCUCUGAAACUAGCGAACUGGACCCUAUUUGCACAACUGCUAGGACACAUGAGCGGCAUCAACUUCCAUGGCGUUUCGCGAAGAUUCAUAGAAGACCUCGAUGGUUCAUUGCAAGAGAGAUUAAUCAAGAGCCCAACUUCAUCUGCUGCGCGGGAUUUCGAGGGGAAGAUGGAGCUUGUCUUGGGCGGCAUGAAACACCUGAGAAUCAAAAUUUCUCCCGAGUCUGCUUGGGAAAAAUCGUGCGAAUUUUUGGUCUCGCUUGGACGCUUGUUUGCCAAAUCCCAUGGACAGAGGGUGAAAGCCGCUUUUUGCCAGGUCAUCGAUAUGUUAUUGUUACCCAUCGCCGCGAAGGCCAGCAACAGUCACCUCAUGCAUCCCAAAUGGUCGGAGGUCGUGUCGGCCAUUAGCUCUCGCCUUGCUCAGCUGUUCGCAAAACCGCGCCACUGGACCGUCGCCUUCCCUCUCACAGCCACUCUGCUUUGCGUAUCGUCGCCUGAUAAUUUUGGCUCCGGGUGGCUACAGCUGGUCUUGUCCCUCCAGACAAAGGUCAAAGACAGAUAUACGAAGCCCCUUUGCUUGCAAGUCAUAUCCAGGCUGAUAUGGACGUAUUUAUAUCGAACGAAUGACAACUUCCAAACCACGGUGCGGAAGCUUGACGAAGUGAUGAGAUUGAUCUUGCCAUCUUCAAAACGGAGCAUCAUCUCGUCGGACACUGCCGUUAUCGAGCCGUUGAUCCAAAUAAUUCGAAUUAUUGGCUUCAAGUAUCCUGAGUACUGCUUCAGAACCGUCGUAUUCCCUCUCAUAAACGCCGAACUGUUCACAGCCAACAAGGAGUUGCGAGUCGAACAGUUGGACCCUGACAGAAUCGUCGUUGGAAUACGGGCUUUCUUGUGCAUCAUGUCUGACCUGGAAAAGGGCGAACAAGGUCGACCUCCUUUCCCACAGUUUUAUGACAUCCCUCCUUUGGCUGAGAGGCUUCCAACGUCGCCUGUUUUGUCAUUUCCUCGAGACGGCCCCUUGUCGAUUCCUGGUUCAGGUCCGAAAGAGGAGAUCAUCUCUAGACCUGUCUUGACACAUGUUCUUGGAGACGGGGUUCGGGAGUACUACCUUCAGUUCUGCCAGAUACUCGGUAAAAUUACCAUUGUCUGCGACAACACGUUCGGCGGCCAAGCAGCAUUAGAUGAAAAGUUUAACAGCCCGGGACCGAAAACACCGAUUUCGGAAUCCUUCACAUUCUCUCGACGAGAUGAGCAGCCGAAUGCUUCGGAUCAAAAGCAAGCGUUCUACGAAUUACUACAUGUUGCUGUUCAAGCACUUCCACGGUGCCUCCCUGUUGACAUUCCUUUCAACUCCCUAAUCAACCUACUCUGCACAGGAACCGCACAUGUUCAGUCUAACAUUGCUGAAUCGUCUGCACAUUCACUGAAAGCCAUUGCCAGGCAAUCCCACGCGCAGCAAGUGACGAUGGGGUUUGCCCGAUUUAUCUUCAACUUUGACGACCGUUAUGCGACGAUGUCGGAUGGCGGCAUGCUUGGACCAGGACACAUUGAAAGUACUUUACGUCUCUAUGUUGAGUUACUGCAAAUCUGGAUUGAAGAAAUCCGACACAAAUCAAGAGAGGCUGCCUCCGACCAACCAGACGCGAAUGCUUCUGAGAAACGAGCCAUGAAGCUAGAUUUGUCGAGCAUAUGGGCAGAAGUUGACCAAGCCGAAGCCCAUGGCCUAUUCUUUCUAUGCUCACAAUCCCGCCGGGUCCGGCAUUUCGCGAUUACUGUACUGCGGUUAAUUACCGAGUUUGACAAGGCACUAAACAAAGAUGCCACUGAAGAGAAGGAGACAUUACGAUUAAUUGAUAUCCUGGAGAACGACUCCAACCAAAUCAUGAAUUUUAACGACGAACAUCUUUCUGUUGCUGAGCGCAGCAGAUUGCAGCGAGGACUGCAAAACGCGAACAGCAAGGACGCAGUGGUAGAACUAUGCACGAGCGACGUUUCCUACGAUGCAACUCUUUGGUUCAAAAUAUUCCCCAACCUCAUCCGCAUUGCAUUCGACAAAUGCCCGUUUGCGAUAACCAUCUGCCGAGACUUGGUUUGCAAUCGUAUCCUGCAAAUGUAUAAACCAAUUGUGUAUCUGUCUGAGCCAACUAGGGGGUUGUAUUAUGGGCCCGACUCAGCAGGCCGAAUAGGCAGCCGAUCUCCCGCCGCGCAGCCGGAGGUUAUGAUUGAGCAGUGGAAACUAUAUCUGAUCUUUGCCUGUACAGCCCUGGCAGACCCUGGAAGUCUGCCCACAAGUCAAACUCCUCCAGAUGGCCAGCAUGUACGCAAAACUUCUAAACCUUCGUCCGCGGAUAGGAUCGUGACUGCUCGGACUCUUUUUAAGUAUCUGAUUCCGCUUUUAUCUGUUUCCUCGGCCUCCGUCCGCGAUGCGGUUGUGGUUGCUAUGGGCUCAAUCAACAUUCACAUCUAUCGGACGUUGUUGGAAGAGCUCCAGGGCCAGGUAUCACGUUGUAAUGAUGAGGCGAGAGCCAGGAUUCAUCAGAGGACCAACAGUAGUCCGCGACGCAACCGCAAAAUGGAUCUGUUACGAACGGAAAUAACCCACGUCUUCAAGCUGACCUCUCACUUUUUGAAAGAUGCUCAAGUUUACCAAUCCGAGUUCUUCCUGAAUAAUUUGACUUCAUACGCCAAAGACUUGAAGCUGUUUCUCAUGGAUGGUGAAGUUCAAAUGGAUUGGGAAUUCCAAAAACUUCGACGACAUUAUUGCGGCCUUAUGGAGGCUCUCUUUGAAGGGAUCAACAGAACGGAUGAUCCCUCCCGCUGGAUGACGUUUGAAUCUAGGAAGUCGGCGUUCUCCCUGAUGGAAGACUGGUGCGGCUUCUCGCCAAAUCAGAAUCAAAUACGAGCCAGAGAGGAUACAAUGAGACAAUCUCUGAUCGAUCAGCAGUCCCUGGGUGAACGCGGGACUGUUACGGCAGCCAUGGAAAUAGAGAAACGAAACCUCCGUACUGCUGCCCUAAGCGCCAUGGCCGCUCUCUGUGGUGGCCCCAUCAGCAUCACCACGGAGAGUGGUGUCACGCUGCAGUUCGACAUGCGCCGUAUGCUGGCUUGGAUAGAAGCAAUUUUCAAUUCUGGAAGCGAUAAGAUGAACAUUACAGGCCAACGGGCCUUGAAGAAUCUCGUCAUACAUAACCAGGCAUACCCAUAUCUUCUGGAACAUUGCAUAUCACGCUGUUACUUGGCCGAAGUGCCCAAGGUACUAGAAAGUUACUUUUCUGUCACCGUUGAUGUGCUGCAGCAGCACAUUAACUAUCCAUGUCCUUUUUAUAAGCUCCUUGGCCUUUGCUUGUUCACUCUCGGAAAUGACCAGAGCGAGAUACGAUCGAAGUCGUCGACUGUGCUCCGAUCGCUCGAAGCACGACAACAGCGGAACUCCAAGAUUCAGGACUUUGACAUCAGUAUUUCCGACAAGACACAGGCCGUCUAUAAAUUGGCGCAGUUCGAGAUUUCCAAGCGACUUGCAAAGCAAUACACCGAACUUGCCUUCUUUGUGUUUUCCGAAUUCACCUAUUAUUUCAAAGAUCUUCAACCUGCAGCACAGAGAAAUGCCAUCGCUGUCAUCUUACCAUGGAUUCAGACAGUAGAGCUAAAACUUGACCCCAAUGGCGGUCCGACGGCGCAGUCCUAUGUACUCUUGGCAAACCUCCUUGAACUCACCAUCAAGUCUGGUGGUGCCUUACACAACGAAGUCCAGGCUCUCUGGCAGGCUCUUGCCACCGGGCCACACCCUGGGAAUGUCCGUUUAAUUCUGGACUUUAUUAUGCAUUUGUGCUUGGAACGACGCGAACAAAACUUUGUGGAGUACGCCAAACAGAUUGUGGUGUUCCUAUCAACAACAAACAGCACGCCUGGGAUCAAAGUGGUUGAGUUCUUACUUAUGCAAAUCAACCCCAAGGCCAUGGUGCCAAAUGAGAAGCGAGAAACCAUCCCGCCACCAUCAGAUGUCAAUAACUUCCCCUACUGUGCCGACCUUGGCGAAGCGUUGCCGGUAGGGACGAAACAAGCUGGGUUCUCGCUGGGCCAGUUGUCGCUUAUUUUGCUGGUGGAUUUGAUGGUGUCCCCUGUUCACCUCACCGCCGACAAUGUCCCCCUUCUGCUCCAGGUAGUCACUGUGCUUUGGGACCAUUAUACGCCCCUUGUGCAAGAGCAAGCCAGAGAGAUGCUGGUUCACUUAAUUCAUGAACUUGUCAUUUCCCGGAUGGACGACCUCCCGGUAGGUGUGGCAAGGGAAUCCAUUGAGGACCUGGUUGAUGCGAUACGUCGACAUGAUCGCACUGUUGUUUGGGGAUAUGAAGACAGCAACGGGAAUGUGGAUGACCACGAUAACAAGGUGCCUCCAAGCAUGGAAUAUCUCACCACAGAAGUUGUCAAAACCUUCCAGGUCACCUUCCCUGCCAUCAAGGAGCAGUGGGGUCGGCUAUCUCUCACUUGGGCCACGUCGUGUCCAGUGAGGCACCUGGCUUGCCGGUCUUUCCAAGUCUUCCGAUGUGUUCUGACAUCGAUCGAUCAGUACAUGCUGGGCGAUAUGCUCGCUCGUCUGUCAAAUACUGUGGCUGACGAAGACCCUGAGAUUCAAUCUUUCUCCAUGGAGAUCCUGACAACAUUAAAGACUCUACUGGUGAAGUUGGAUUCCGACAGGCUUUUGACAUUUCCACAACUGUUCUGGACGACUUGCGCAUGCUUGGAGUCGAUCAAUGAGCGGGAGUUUCUCGAAGCGGUUGAGAUGUUAAAUGAGCUCGUUAACAAGCUCGAUUUCAGAUUACCAAAUGUGAGACGAAUUAUUGCGGAAGGCCAACCAGAACGCUGGGACGGGCAGUUUGACGGCAUCCAGCCCUUAUUAUACAAAGGCUUGCGAUCAUCUUUGUGCUGGCAACCGACCCUCGAUUCUAUCGACAAUCUAGUAAAGCUUCCUGGGGAUCCCCUGAUUGGAGACGAUAGCAGAUUGCUGUUUGCGUUGUUGGCAAACUUCCCCCGGUUCUUAAACGAGUUGGAAGUUGGUGCACCGACGGAAGGAACCAUGAGAACCGCGAAUAUACUUCUCUUUGAGGCUGACAGACUGGGACUCGAAUCCAUUGCUGUGGCUCUCGAUGACUACAUCUCUGGCAGACAAUUAGACAGCGCAUUCUUCCUGAGCCAACUGUUCAUGGCCUUGAGGGAGCAUUUCCUACCCCAGCAGGAGUUCAAGAUGAUCACCUUUUUGAUCGGGCUCCUCACAAACUCCCUGUCCUGGGUGAAGGUGCAAACUAUGCGAAUACUGUGUGUUGCCAUCCCCGAGGUUGAUAUGCGCAAUCCAGAACUCGCGGGGCACGGUUCUGACCUCAUCUCCCCAUUGCUGAGACUUCUUCAAACAGAGUUCUGCAUGGGUGCACUGGAGGUCUUGGACAAUAUCAUGACCAUGUCAGGCAGCCACAUGGACAAGCAUCAUCUGCGAAUGAGCAUGACUCGAUCCACGUCCAAAGCUGUCCGUAAAGAAUACGAGCGCACCCAAAGCCUCUUUGGCAUUCCUGAAUCCUCUGGCUGGGCCAUUCCAGUACCCGCCAGCAAGACAGAGGCUACACGGGCAAACAUUCACGCUGCAUUUUACAUGUGCCAAAGCACCGAAGGGUCUUCCACCGAAGCAACUCCAACGGCGGAAGUCGAGUUCCACGAUGACGAUUUUCCGUAUGGCUACUUUGAAUCUGCGGAGAGAACAGAGACAAUGCUCUCUGAUGACGGUCGUGUGGAUGGUCCUGUUGGAGACUUGGUCACAAAGUUGGACAGUUUGGAUGACUUUUUCGACGAGCCGUCCAGCCCCACGACAGACGAUGAUGGCAGAUCGUCUCGCACGGUUACCGAGUUUUCUCCAGAGUCGUUUGAAUCUGGCACCGAGCUUUACGAUGAGCAGAUCUUGCCUAUUCUUCACGAGGCAUCCAACACUACAGCGUUUCAAAACGGAUUCAUAGAUCGCCCAAUGGGGAUUUCGAGAGAUUUGGCCUCAAAUACCAUGAACCCAGGCGCUUUUACGGCGGGUAUGUCAUCAAGACCACCGCUUCAUUCAAGGUCCAUCACGUCACCUUCUGCGCCGUCCGCAUAUCACUCGCACAUGGUUAGUGAAAUAGGAUCUGACGACGAAUAUCUUUCUGGAGGAUUCUCGGAUGCCGAUGAUGAACGGCCCGACGUGAAGGGCCACGUGAAGUCUCCAAAUUCAACAUCACGACCUACGAUGAGACGAAUUGGUCACCAAUCCCGCGAUGACAGCCUACGCGAGCCUACACUUCCACAAGUAACACCAAGAAUGCCAAACAGCAAGGCUUUUCAUCCGAAUAUGAUGUCAGGUGGGGAUGUCCUCUGA